AUGGCAAGCAUAAAAAUCUUCUUAGGAUAUUUUGUUAUUCCUCUCCUCUUUCUUUUUGUAUCAACUCCCAACGUAGUAACGAGCCUUAAUGCAAGCACUGUUUGCAUUAAGGAAGAGAGAGUGGCCCUCCUUAAAAUCAAAAAAGAUCUUAAAGAUCCUUCUAAUUGCCUUUCUUCAUGGGUUGGGAAAGAUUGCUGUAAUUGGAAGGGUAUAGAAUGUGACAAUCAAACUGGUCACGUUCUAAAGCUUGAUCUCCAGUUCGCACAUAUCUGCUCCACCACAGAUAUAUUGCCAUCAACACCAUUAAGUGGUGAGUUAAAUCCUUCAUUGACUUACUUGACACAUCUUACUCUCUUGGACCUAAGUUUCAAUAACUUGGAAGGAACACCCAUUCCAAAAUUUAUAGGUUCUCUCAAUAUGUUGCGUUACCUUGACCUCUCCUUUGCAAAUUUUUCUGGUAUGGUCCCUAGUCAACUUGGCAAUUUGUCAAAUUUGCAUUACCUUGACAUCUCUAACCCAUUCACAUCAAUUGGGGUGGGAGAUGUAAGCUGGCUCUCUGCUCUGUCUUCACUUCAAUAUCUUCACAUGGAUUUUGUUAACAUUACCAUCUCAUCCCAUGAGUUGUUUCGAGCUAUAAAUAUGAUUCCAUCUCUGCUAGAGUUACAUUUGUCCGCUUGCAAUCUUGGUAUUCUCCCCCCUUCUUUUCCAUUUGAAAAUAUUACAUCACUUUCUGUGCUUGAUCUCUCUGGAAAUCCUUUUGAUUCCUCUAUACCUUCUUGGCUGUUUAAUAUGAGUACCCUCACACAACUGUAUCUUUCUUCUUCUCUAAGAGGUCUCAUUCCUCCUAUGCUGGUGAGAUGGAAUCUUAGCAAGCUUCAGCUUCUAGACCUAUCAAGUAAUUAUUAUCUCACUGGGGAUAUAACAGAAAUGUUGGAGGCCUUGUUAUCCUGUAGCAACCAAAGUCUGGAGUGGCUAUAUUUGAGUUCGAAUCAACUAACUGGGAAAUUGCCCCAUUCUUUAGGGCAAUUUAACAGUCUGCAUUAUCUUGACUUGUCAAAUAACUCACUCUCGGGUUCAAUUCCUGAAAGCAUUGGUCAACUAACCCAGAUGCAAUUUUUAAAUCUACUCCAGAAUUUUUGGGAAGGUACAAUGACCAACAUUCAUUUCCAAAACCUCACAAAUCUACUCAGUUUCUCUAUAUCAUCUAAAAAUAACUCAUUGGCUUUGAAAGUGACACAUGACUGGGUUGUGCCUUUUAAGGGACUGCAUCACGUGGAAAUUCGUGAUUGUCAACUUGGCCCAACAUUUCCUAAUUGGCUCAGAAACCAAACAUCUCUGGUAGAGGUAAUCCUACAAAAUACUGGAAUUUUAGAUGAGAUACCUCAUUGGCUUUACAACUUGUCCUCCCAAAUUUGGCAGCUUGAUCUUUCUUACAACAAAAUAAGUGGUCACCUUACCAAAGAGAUGAACUUCUCUUCCUCUUAUCCACCUAUGGUGGACCUUUCUUUCAACCAGUUGAGGGGCUCAGUCCCACUUUGGUCUGGAAUAAGUGCUCUCUAUCUAAGGAACAACUUAUUGUCCGGAACAAUACCAGGCAAUAUUGGCGAAGAGAUGUCACAAUUGUUGUACUUGGAUCUCUCAAAUAACCAACUCAGUGGGAGCAUUCCACUCUCCAUAAAUAGGAUACAAAAUUUGAGUUAUAUUGAUCUAUCCAACAAUUAUUUGACAGGAGAAAUCCCCAAGUUUUGGAUGGGUAUGCAGAGUUUACAAAUCAUUGACCUAUCCAACAACAGUUUGUCAGGUGGAAUUCCAACUUCCAUAUGCUCAGCACUGCCUUCACUUUUCAUCCUAGAUUUGAGCAACAAUAAUCUCUCGGCAGAUUUGUCUUCAGCCUUUCAAAAUUGUUCUAGUCUGAGUACUCUUGUGCUAGGAAACAAUAGUUUUUUUGGGUCUGUGCCAAAAGUGUAA